UCCUGGAGGGGGCCAACCAACCUGUGCCUCCCGAGGUGAGAGAAAUAGCAUUAUGCGGGGGGCCUGGAUUUGGCAAAGAUCGAGGUGGGAUAAACCAUUAUGAUUCUGUCGAUGGUGGCGGGCGUUGGAAUUCUGGUGGCCGAGGUGGCAUGAGGGAUGUUGGCUUUGGUGGUCGUGGUGGGAUGAGAGAUGGUGGUUUUGGAGGACGUAGUGGGGGGAGAGAUGGUGGCUCUGGUGGACGUGGAGGGAUGAGAGAUAGUGGCUUCGGUGGACGGGGAGGGAUGAGAGAUGUUGGCUUUGGUGGACGUGGUGGGAUGAGAGAUGGUGGCUUCGGUGGUCGUGGUGGUGGGAGGAGGGAUGGUGCUCGGAUUGGUUGGGACAGGAAUGAGCGUGGCGGCACACGUGAUCAAUAUCACACGGGCAGGGGGCGGGGACGAUUUGAUAACAGAAGAGAUAUUUCAGACAGGAAAAGGGAGAGAAGUUACAGCUCUAGUCCUGAGAGAGUUCGAACAUGGGGUUAUAGCCGAAGCCGUAGCUCUAGCAGGAGCAGCAGCCGCAGCAGGGGUAGGAGUUAUAGCAGGAGCCGCAGCCUCUCUCGCAGCCGCAGCUAUGAUAGAUAUGAGAGGAGGCUGCCCCGCAAAUCUAAGUUUGAUCAGAUGGAUGUUGAGGUUCCUCCUAAAUCUGGGACGUCAACCACAUAUUCAGGCACACAAGGCAAGGAAGCUGAGCCAGUGGAGCAGGUUCCUCUAGCAUCUACUGUUAAUACUGGCUUCUCUGAUGAUGGAUCUAACCCUAGCAAUCCAGCAUAG